AUGUCUGCAGAGCAAGUCUUCAGAAGGCAUCGUGGGAAGUCAGCGCCCCGAGGGCGCUCACCGGAUCCAAAGGCUUUGAAGAAAGCAGCUAAGGAGAAGAAUGGCAAGGGAGAUCCUUUUGUGACACCACCACCUAGAACAGCAAAGUCUAAGGACAAGCGAAGCAGCAGCGAUUCAACUAGGCGUGGGCUUACCUUUGGCAAGAACACCAUCUUUGACAUCAGGGCUGAGAACAAAGCACCAGAGCCAAACCUUCGUCAAGCUGAUGCCAUUUUGGAUGGCCUUAAGCAACAGCUCCUAUACCAUAAAGCCUCAUAUCCCUGCGACCAAAAGAAAACGAAGGGCAAGAAGGUGAGCGACGAUGAAUCCUCAUCAGAUGAGGAGACUGCAAAAAAAUUGUCAUUAAAACAAAUGAGACAGUGGUGGGACCGAUACAAAGUCAAGCGGGAGGAGCCAGAGGUGACUGACAAGAAGGUAUCCAAGAAGAGCAAAGCUGAAGCAAAGAAGAAAGGAGAAAAAGCAGAGAAGAAGAAGACUAAGGGAAAGGAGGAGGAAGAGAAGACGACUAAGAAGAAGACCAAGGAGAAGAAAGAAGCACGUGAAGAAGUGAAGGGGAAGAAAGUGAAGGAUGAUGGAGAAGUGAAGGAGAACAAGGCGCAGUCCAAAAAGCGACAGGAAGAGAAGGACAAGAAGGCUAAAAGUGAGGAUGCAGAGACGAAGAAGAAGAAGGCUAAAAGUGAGGAGGAAGAGAAGAAGAAGGCUAAAAGUGAGGAAGAGAAGAAGAAGGCUAAAAGUGAGGAGGAACCGGACAGUGAGGAUACAUCAAGCGAUGAUGUCAAGGAAUCGGCUAGCGAGGAUGAAGCUGAGGAGGACUCAGACAGUGCCAGUGGAGAUGAAGAGGAUGAGGACAGUGAGCCAGCAAAUAAAGGCAAGAAAGGCAUAUUGAAGACAGCAAAGGAAGAUGAGGAGAGUGAGUCUUCGGAAGAUGAAGCUGAGGAGCAAGAAGAAGAGGAGGAGGAGGAGGAAGAGUCGGAGUCUGAAGAGCCUCGUCCUAAAGAAAAGAAAAGACGCCGUGGAAGUGAUGGCAGCGACAGCGAAGAAGAGAAAACAAAGAAGAAGAAGAAGAAGGAAAAGAAGCAAGAGAAGACAGAGAAGGUCAAGCGCAAGGAGCGCAAGGAGCGCAAGGAAAAGGAGGAUGAUGAUGGCAAGGAAAGGGAGGAGAAGAAGAAGGAAAAGAAGAAUGAGCUGAAGGACGCAGAAGAGGAGCUGACCAAGAAUUCAACAAGCCAUCGCAAAGAAUGGCAGCAGUUCUCACGGUGGCUCAAGAAUUCGCGUCGGUGUCCUGCGAAGAUCAUCGCAGCUUGCAAGAGCUCGGAGACUCGCCGGCAGCUCUUUGCUGACUAUCUCGAAUCGGGUGACUUCGGGCAGGUCAGCGCUAAGUUCGAGCAUAAGACAAUUCCUGACCCUGAGCUUCCGGGUGAGCCAGAUUGCUUGUUAUACUUUGUGAUGGUCGAGUUCAACAUCGAUGAUGUGAAGGAACUGCGUCGAAUAACCCAGAUUGAGAUGUCCGGCCAUCUGGAUGCUGAUGGCCUAAAGGCCUUUGUUGAAGCUGGUGGAUGCCUUGAUGGGAACCAGCACCUAUCGAUCUCUGAGCUGUCUGGCCCCGGAGGUAUGAAGAACGUGGCUGCCGCUAUGGGAUCCUUCGGUUCAGGUAAGAUUAAGAAAGGCAAAGGCGGUCCCAAGGAGGUCCCAAAGAAGGAGGAUGCUAAGAAGGCUAGAGCCUAUUUCAUGCAGGUGGAGAUUGAAGAGCCCCUCAACAAAGCUCAAUCCUUGCUGCAGCGUGUUCUCAAGGAUGCAAACAGCUGCAGGGACCAAGCAUUUAAAUUGCGGCCUCUAUCCUUGUCGACUGAUCUCAUUGCGCAGCUGAAAGCUUGCUCCGUCAAAUUGCAGCAUCACGCUGAUGUGUUGCAAACGAAGAUCGCCAAGAAGUGCAACAAGAAGAAGCAUUAUCGCGAACUCGAAGCACAGGUGGAGCAGGACACCAAGAUUGCGAAGGACAGAAUUGAUCUUGCAAAGGCAUUGAUCAGGGCAUCUGACAAGCCAGUGAAGCCAAAGAAAUCCAACAAGGAUGAGAAAGACCCCAAUACAGCUAGCGCAGAGGCCAAAGGCCCCACUACUUCCUAG